AUGGGGGGUUGUGUCUCAAAGAGUACAUGGAACGAUGAGGAGCCUAUGCAUCGUCCGUGUCUCGGGAUGAGAUGUUGUGGGAGCAAAAUGGGGAGGAGAACUUAUUCAGACCGCAUUGUUUCGCUUCAUAACUUAGUCUCUAUACCGAAUCGGAUCACCAACAAUGGAAAGAGCAGGAGUUCUUGCGUUUUUACUCAACAGGGACGCAAGGGAAUUAAUCAAGACGCGAUGAUCGUGUGGGAAGAUUUUCUGUCGAAAGAUGUGACAUUUUGCGGUGUUUUUGAUGGACAUGGUCCUCAUGGUCAUCUUGUUGCUCGUAAAGUGAGAGAAUCAUUGCCUGUAAAGUUACUGUCUUUCCAGAAUUCGAUUCAGUCGAAGCAAAACGGAUCCACGAUAACUCACACAAGCAAAUCCGAUAGUCAAGAAGCUGAUAAGGAAGAAUCUAGUGAGGAAAAUAAAUCGAAUUACUUAUGGGAAGAAGCUUUCUUGAAAUCAUUCAAUGCUAUGGAUAAGGAACUGCGAUCCCAUCCUAAUCUGGAAUGCUUCUGCAGUGGCAGCACUGCUGUUACAGUCAUUAAACAGGGGUCAAAUCUAUUCAUGGGAAACAUCGGAGAUUCUCGGGCAAUACUUGGAUCUAAAGACAGCAACGAUUCAAUGGUGGCAGUUCAGCUAACAGUUGACUUGAAGCCUGACUUACCAAGUGAAGCAGAGAGAAUCAAACAGUGUAAAGGCCGGGUCUUUGCGCUGGAAGAUGAGCCAGAGGUGUCACGAGUCUGGCUACCAUUUGAUAAUGCUCCUGGAUUAGCCAUGGCUAGGGCAUUUGGUGAUUUCUGUCUGAAAGACUACGGUGUGAUUUCGAUACCUGAGUUCUCUCAUCGUGUUCUUACAGAUAGAGAUCAGUUCAUUGUCUUGGCCUCAGAUGGAGUCUGGGAUGUGCUAAGCAAUGAAGAAGUGGUUGAAGUCGUAGCAUCAGCUUCAAGCCGGGCAUCAGCGGCAAGACUCGUGGUGGAUUCAGCUGCACGCGAAUGGAAACUAAAGUACCCAACCUCGAAAAUGGACGAUUGUGCGGUGGUGUGUUUGUUUCUAGACGGGAAAAUGGACUCAGAUUCAUCAGAUUACGAAGAACAAAGCAUCUCUUCAGCAACAAACGCAGUAGAAUCAGACGAAACCCAGAGAACAGAACCGUGUCUUCAGAGAAACGUCACAGUCAGAUCAUCAUCAACUGAUCAAGAAAACAACAGUUACGCUAAUCUGAAUGCAGAGACUGAUGAGACAGAGAAGGAGAAAACAACGGAAGGAGGACAGAACUGGUCCGGACUAGAUGGCGUAACUCGAGUGAACUCGCUUGUUCAGCUUCCGAGAUUCUUUGGAGAGAAACCAAAGGCUUAA